AUGGAGGAGGAUCUCGCUAAGGACCUUGAGUUUGAUCUCGCUGGGGAGGAAGAAGAGGAUGAGGAGCUGGGAAAGAUAGACAAGCUGGAGCAAGGGCCAGAUAAUGACGAUCUUUCGUUUGUGGGACGAUUCAUUGAGGAUUAUAAGCCAGUGCUGGGACCGCAGGCUGAUGUUUGGCAACGUUUCUCGUAUGUGCCGAUUCUAGACGAAAAGGUCUCGUCUUUGCUGCGUAACGUUGGAAAUAACCUGCCUUGGGUACUUCACAGACUGAAUGAGCUGUGCUCGUUGUUGCAGAACGAAGUUCGGCUUUUGCACACGUAUAGCAGGACGCUGUACCGCGCCAAGUUCGGAGAACUCGAGGCUUUGGUUCCGAGUCCGAAGCAGUACGUGCAGGUGAUAGACAUAAUAGAGCGAGAUGGCGAAGCGUCUGCGGAAAAGCUCGAGUCACAGGCGGAGCUGUCGAAGGAACAGGUGCUGGUGUUGAAGAUGUCGAUGAAGACGUCUUACCGGGACGAUCUGCCCUGGCCGAACGAAAAGAAGGUCGAGAUUUCAAGAGCUCGCAGCAACAUGCUGGCGAUACUGGCGAUCGAGAGCAACGUCAGACAAUUCAUCAUUCAGAAAGUGUCGCACGUCGCGCCCAACCUGUGUGCGUUUAUCGGCCCAGAGGUUGCGUCACACCUGCUGUCGCAUGCGGGCGGGAUCCUCGAGCUGAGCCAGAUACCCAGCUGUAAUCUGGCCUCGAUUGGCAAGAAUAAGCAUCUUGCCCACGAACAGCAUACCUCGCUCACCGAGGUACGACAGGAAGGGUACAUUUACAGGUCUGAUCUCGUGCAAUCGCAGCCGUACGAGUACCACAAGCAGGCGCUGCGCAUGGCGUGCGCCAAAGUGGCGCUGGCGGCCAGAGUCGAUGCAGGCAUAACUCCAGGCACCAAGGCCAAGGACACCGUAGGUUCCCGAUGGAGGCGGGAAAUCGAGCAGAAAAUACUCAAGCAGCGGGAGGCAGUAAGCAACGCAGUGGUGAAGCCGUUGCCGGUUCCCAAGGAUGAACCCAAGAAGAAGAGAGCCGGAAGGAAGUUCCGGAAAUAUAAGCAGCAGUUCCAGUUGUCCCAUCUAAGACAGCUGCAGAAUAGAAUGGAGUUCGGCAAGCAAGAACAGACAAUCCUAGACGGCUACGGCGAAGAGAUAGGACUUGGCAUGGUCAACUCAUCGCUAAAGAGCGCCACGGGCGUAGCAUCUGUGACCAAAACGAACGUCAAUAACUCGGCCAAACUGACCAAAGCGAUGAAGAAGAGAAUUGAACAAGCAAACGAGCAAGCCAGAAAUACCUGGCAGCAAUGA